AUGAGUGAACGAUUAGUGAAGAAUACAAAAAACCGCCAAGAAAAAUCCUCGAAAAUGUCAACAUGGUUUGGACAGAUGAAGCCAGCUCGUAUUGUUCAAAAGGCAAUCGACGGCUUAAAGAAUUACAUGCAAGAGAAUAAUACUAAAGAAAAAAAGGCUGAAUUUUUAGCGAUUAUUGAUAAGAAUUUUGGAAGAAUGACCGAUAUUCUUUAUAAGAGAAAAGAAGGUGAUGAAGCAAGCUCUAGAGCACUUCAGUUAGUUACUGAAAUUUCUCAUACUGACUUCGUAAUGCUCGGACUUGACGCAAUGCCAUUUCUUCCAGUCGAGCAAAGAAAGCAAUUCACAAUCAUAUUCACAGGAGCAAUCUCUCACCAGACUGGAUCAGAAUUCCCUCUUGCAAUUUAUGUUCAGAGAUAUCCUGAAACUCUUGAUAUCUUAUUAAAAUUUUACGAUACACCAGAGCUUGCAGCUUCCACUGGCGAAAUGCUUAGACUUUGCGCCCACCAUGAAACACUUGCUAAGCAAUUACUUCAACCAGCGAGAUUAGAUCUUCUUUUCACAUAUUUCACUGUUCCUCACUUUGAUGUUUCAGCAGAUUCAUUCGCCACAUUCCGCGAACUUAUCCUCUGCUCACCAAACGCCGAAGAUUAUAUCAAGGACAAUGCCCAGCAAAUUACAGAUAGAAUUCACGGAACUCUCGAUGAAAAGAACUACGCUGCUUGCAGACAAUCCCUUAAACUUAUCGGCGAGAUUAUUAUGACAUACCCAUCUUACCAGCAAUUCUAUCUCAGAAAUGAAAAGAAUUUGAUGACAAUGAUGAAGCUUAUGUCAUCCCAAUAUAAGAAUUUAUCCAUGGAAGCAUUUCAUAUAUUUAAGCUCUUCGUUGCAAUCGAUGAUAAACCAGAGCCAAUCCUCAAAAUCCUUCGCGCAAACUCAGAAAAGCUCAAGGUUUUCAUCAAAGGCCUCCUCGAUGGCAUAGAAGAUGCUGAACUCCAGAGAGAAAAGGAUUACUUACUCAUGGAACUCGCUUACUUGAAGCCGGAAUCAAAUUAA